AGUAAACCAUGCCGGUACGAUGUCAACACUUUAACCGAUUAAAAUCUCGCGUUACAAAUAUGCACAACAAUAUUCAACGCUUAAUACGUGUAUACUAACUCAAACAGAUGAUUAUGAUACGGACGUAUGCGUAUUGUUUAUCUUGGAUGCUAUGUCGAUGACUGGGAUCGUGUCCUUGAUGUUGAGUUCGACAUUUCUGACAAAAACACACCAGAGGAGUGUGUAAGACGUUGCUGGGAAUUCAGAUAUGCUGGCGUGGAGUCCGGGAACGAAUGCUUCUGCGGUAAUACAAUGCACAAUCCACAUGAAAGUCCAGACACGGAGUGUGCUGAUCUCUGUCCUGGAGACGACAGCGAGAUUUGUGGAGGUCACUGGAGAAUAAGGGUCUUUACCAAUUGGGUCACAGCAUGUGGACCGACGCCAACAAUUGCAAAUGGAAUCGCAACGCUACGCAAGGGUUCUAAUUUAACAUACGGUUCAAUCGCUGAUGUUUACUGUGACCCGGGUUUCAUUGACAAACCAACAAUCACUUGCCUUUUGAACACGUCAUGGGAAACAGCGGCCUGCGAACAAAUAGGCGAAGAGUACUACAUUACAACGAGUACCAAUACUUGGAAUAAGGUUCCUGAGGACUGUCGAUUGGCACAACCAGAAUAUGAGCAUAUAUAUGAUACAGGGAAAACUUUUCUGAGAAGGAAAAUCACUCUAAAUUCGUCGCUUGGACAUGACUUUUGGAUUGGAUAUUUCAAGGCCUUCACAGAAUUUCAAUAUCAUGGUUGUUCAGAUUUAUCAACGUCUGAUUUUCGAAACGUAUCGAGUCUCGUUGAUUGCCAUUAUACAUGCAAUGGAUCUUACUUUGGAUUAUUUUUUUCGUCGAAUAAGUUGAAAUGCAACUGUCUGGGUAAACUACCAGCUUACCUUACGAAAACAAAUUGCAAAACACGUGGUGAUUUCGUUUGUGGUACAAGCAGCUCUCAAGCCAUAUACAGAUUCACAAAUGACAAAACAUCAGGGGAUGAACACACAAACACCAUUGCUAAUAUGUGCAAGGCAUCUUCUUCAAAUGCAAACGACUCCGCUUGGGUCAAGUGUGAUGAUGAAAACAAUAAAAGGCAUAUGUGGUGUAGACACGCCACAAGUAAAGUUACCUUUGUAUCUGGAUCGACGUUUGCUACUUGGAAUGCAGCUAAUGACAUCUGCGCUAACCGAAGUGCAUUACCGUCUGCGGCGGUAGGCUACACUGGCAGCAGUUUCGAAUAUUUUUCGUUUACAAAUAUGUUUCGGAACUGGACCCUCCAUCAAGAAAACGGGAGUAUCAGUGGUGGCCCGAUGAUGUUUGCUUACGUGAGUCCAAACUCGUCGGAGAUCAAGUUUUCUUCCAUCGCAACGGCGUCAAAGAAUUUCUUAUGUUUAGGACCUAAGCUGACUAGUACACGUAGCAUUUCUGUAACAUCACCGUCGAAUACAACAACAACGUUUCAAACAAGUGGGACAACAUAUACGACACGAUCAUCCUCCUCAACAAUAACGCCAACAUUAACUAUCAAACCCGUUACAUCACCAAUAACAAGACAAUCAACUUCCACAACAAAUGUUCAGACGAUCGGGACAACAUAUAAUUCACGGGACACCGCCCCAACAACUACGAAAGCAACAUCACACGACACAGCAACAUCACCGAAGAAUAUUCAAUCAACAACGUCUUUGACAGCGAUUGACGGUCAAUCUGAUGUUUCUAAACAACAAGAUUCUAAAGAAUCUACGACUACGGCUGUAGCAGCAGGGGUCUCAGUUACAGUUGCAAUAGUGGUUUCUGCUGUGGUGAUUGUCAUAUUCCUCAAAUACAAAAAGAAAUUGUGUUUCGCAAACACAAAGAGGUCCAACUUGGAGAACAUAGACGAUAACCACCACAUAUCGUUAGCGAGAGUUGAAUCAAAACCAGACGCAAACUUCCAAACCACAGGAGGAUCGGUGUCGAAUCAUACUUACAUUUCUCUGCAGAACGCAAGCAAAUGUACCAAGGACGCUGAUAAAUAUAAUCCCGUUGCCUUCACUGACGUUACCUAUCAAAAUACGAAUAUCACAAAGAGAAGCCUUGACUUAGAAGCCCGUGCCUACUUUGUGUUAGAGAAGGACAUAUGUGAGCAACAGAGAAACACUGACAAGUCCAUUCCAACAGACAAACUCGACUACUUUGUUCUAGAAAAACAACAACCAAAUAUUGGAAACGGAAACGGUGUUUCAACAAAUGAAGUGCAUCCAUACUUUGUUCUGGAGAAAGACGGUGAUCAAUCUGUCCACGCCAGACUUCCAAAAGAAGCAAAUUCUUACUUUGUAUUAGAGAAACAAACCAAUGGUAACUUAACACCAAUAAAUGCAGACAAUGCACGUGACUUGGCACACGAUGAUGGAAAUAUGUAUCAAGAGAUAGAUUCGCAUGACACAUACUUGGGUAUUGAUGAUUCAAGAGAGAGCGACACCGAUUACGAUUACACUAACAAGGCAUUCAGGAACUCGAACAUGGAAAUCUCCGAGAACGUUUACAACCAUCUUAACUCUGCUGGCGACGAGUAUGAUCAUGUGGGCAAAGGGCAAAACAACGAUAUGGCGAUAGAAAAUAAUUAUGACUUUACGUCUGAUGCCGUUAGAAAAUAAGCAUGGCUAUCGAAAAGAAACUUGCUGGAUGUGUAAAUAGUAUUUGCCUUGAUAUACCUGCUCAUUUUCCCUUGUAGUUAAUUUCAUUUUAUUAAAAAAAUAUCUUUAAUAACAGAAUGAUAAUGUAUAUAAAUUUGUUUAUAUUUGUUAUUUAUGUAGCAUAAAUUAUAGCAUAUUACUUGAUCUUGUUUACGCUCUUAUUCACAUAUGUAACAGAUAUCAUCUCGAGAAUUGAAAGGUGCAGAGAAACGCAAGAUCAGGUGGAUUUUUUUUACGUGCAGCUAUGCUCAUGUAUCAGUACGGAAAUGAAUAACUCUGUUCCGAAAUUCUGUGAUUCAAAACAUGUCAGAAAAAACACAAAAAGCCUUUUUGGAAUGAACGCCUGUCCGAACUAUGGAGUGAUUUAUGCGCCAAAGAAAAACUUUAUAGCAAGUGCAAAGGGACUCGUUCGAUUAAAAUUGCGAAGAGAAGGGAGUAUAUAACAGCGAGAAAUCGUUUGACAAGGAACUGAGAACAGCGGAACGGCAGUACCGGGAAGCAAUUGCCCUCGACAUUGAAGACAUAUCAACAAACAAUCCAAGAGAUUUUUGGAAUAAAAUUAAUAAUCUUCGGCCAAGGAAAAAUAAAGACAUUCCCGUUGAAAUCAUAGACAGUAACGGGUGUGUAUGUCGUGAUGAAGGUUCGGUGUUGGACCGCUGGAGGUCGGAUUUUGCGAACUUAUAUUAAAGCAGCGAUAAUAGUUAAUUCGACGAAGAAUGUUUCGAUCGUAACAAAGUACAUAAACAUGUACUUGAACUAAAUCUGUUAGAUCCGUUAUAUACGCAAAAUGAACAGUUUAACUGUAAAAUAACACUAGAUGAAAUAACAAACAUCUUAAUGGCGGUGAAGUCAAGGUCAGCUUGUGGAGUCGAUCAGAUACCCUACGAUGUUCUGAAAUUCCCUGUAAUUUAUAUUGUUGUGUUACAGCAACUCUUUCAAUUGAUCAUGGAUGUCAGCAUUAGACAUACUGUUUGGCGGAAAUCUAUUAUAUGUCCAAUCUUAAAAGACUCGACCACUGAUUCUCGUCUACCAAUGAACUUCAGAGGUGUAAGCUUAUUGUCCUGUGUCAGUAAAAUAUACAGUUCACUUAUUAACAAGGGGCUCACACAUUAUCUAGACGAUAACGAUAUUCUUGCCGAAGAGCAAAACGGAUUCAGAAGCGGCCGCUUAUGCGAGGAUCACGUUUUCACAUUAGACAGUAUUGUAAGAGACAAUAACUCUGUAUUCGUUGCGUUUAUAGAUCUACGCAAAUGUGUUGAUUUUAUCGACCGAGAAAUGCUUUUGUAUAAACUUUUGCAAAACGGAGUUGACGGAAAACUCUAUAACUCUCUAUAUAUAAAGUAUAUAUAGCCAAACCGUAUCGUGCGUGCGGGUUAAUGGUCGUUUAACAGAGUGGUUCCGGUGUGACAAGAACAUGAAACAGGGAGACAACUUAUCGCCGACGCUCUUCUCUGUCUUCGUUAAUGACCAAGUAGUGGAAAUAAACAACCUUGACCUCGGGGUCAAGAUCGAUGAAACUUCUCCAUCCAUGUUACUAUACGCCGAUGAUAAAGUCCUUAUCGCCAACUCGGAGGCCGAUCUUCAGAUUAUCCUUAACCAAAUGCAUAACUGGUGUUAAUGAUGGAGGGUACUCAUUAAUACAGACAAAUCUAAAGUCGUGCAUUUUAGAAAGGAAUACCGGAAAGGAACACAACGAACCGAUACCGAAUUCAAAAUUGGAUUUAACUGUGGUGGAAAUUGUAGACACAUAUAAGUAUCUGGGGGUAGUUAUGCACGAAAAGCGUGAUUAUAGUUUUCACUGUGAAAUGCUUGCAAAAAGUGCCGGGGGAGCUCUCGGGUCUAUUAUAAAUAAAAUUCAUAAUAUGAAACAAUCUGACUUUAAAACCUAUGAAAAGCUAUAUAAUUAUUGUGUGAUAUCCAUAUCGGAUUACUGUAUAUCCAUUUGGGGAUUCAAACACUUCCAAUCAGCAGAAAAUGUUCAACACCGGGCAAUACGGUACUUUUUAGGUGUACACGCCUAUUUCAGCGUUACUAGGUGAAAUUGGAUGUUAACCGAGCAUCUACAGUAGAUGGCUUGCAAUGAUGAGGUUUUGGAAUAGACUUGUGAAACUUGACGAAAAUAGAUUAACCAAACGAAAAUUUGAUAGGGAUUACAGUUCAUCAAAUAACAAUAACUGGUGCAGUGAAUUUAAAACGGUCAUGUCUAGACUUAACCUUACGGAUUAGUAUAACCGUAAAAGUCCCAUUCAAAUGGAUUUAGCUAAAGAAAGCCUAACUCAGUUUUAUUCAUUAAUUUGAUCUAGAGACAAUGAACGUGUUUCAAAGUUAAGAACAUAUAGAACCUUCAAAACUGAAUUUGUCUGUAAAGAAUAGCUUACAAUGAACUUAAACAGAAAUGAACGCGCUUUGUUUGUGCAAUUCAGAAAAAGGAAUUCUGCCACUUAGGGUCUAGACCGGAAGGUAUGUGUGUGAAGCCCCCGAGCAAAGACGGUGUAGGCUGUGUCAAAGUGGACUGGUCGAAGAUGAAACUCAUUGUCUUGUUGAAUCUGCUCUUUAUGAGAACACACGAUCAGUUAUAUUUGAGAAUAUUUUGAACUCUAAAGAAUAUACUACAUGUCAAUCAAAUAAAGAUACAUUAGUUCGCUUGUUUAAAUGUCGUCCUAGAAAGUGUGCGAAAUGUGUUGUUAAUGCUUUUUAUAUCAGAAGCAGUAUGUUAUAUAAGUAAACAUAUCUGUUGUAUGCUGUUGUGUCAGUUUAAACUUUAAAAAACAAUAAUUAUGUAAAUUGACUUCUAAGUAUCAACUACGUAUUACAUGUUUUUCAGAAAUAUGCCUUCUUAAUUGGAUAAUUUUACUACUACUGAAAUAAUUCUUAUAUAUCUAACUUGGAUAAACCUGAAUGAAUUUUUUGACUCUAUAAUUUGCAUAAUUUUUUUUUGAAAUAGAACUAACUUCGAUAAACCUUAAUUCAAUUUCUUAUUGACUUAACAACUAUCAGAUAGAUGCUACAAUCGUAAUGGAUUUUAUCUAACGUUGAGUAAACCGUGUUUUAAAUGUUGAUAUAAUUAUUUAAUUAACCACUUAAAUAGUACAAUAGGACUGGUAAUUAUAUUAAAUCUUAAAAUCAAUAAAACCUCAUAUUAUUAUCUAUGUUUAAUAGUCUUAUAUUUUUGUGCUAAAUUGUUAAAAUUAAAAAGUUUUAUGUCAAGUUAAAUUGUUUGCCUGUGAAUACAUGUUGACAAUAUUCUAUUCAGUGAUGCAAUACUUAAGAUAAUCUUGUACAAUUCAUGUAUGUUUGAUGUAUUAACACUUCUGUAUGAUUAGUUCUUUUGAUGGCGCACAUAAUUGCAGAGCUAUUGGACGUGUAGGUAGCGAUCGACCCUAUCAACUGAAGCUCGUGUCCCGGUGUGCCGUAAUUUUUUGUGGUUUUGUGCGAAAUCAAAAGAACGUGUAUCAUAAGCUGUUAUUUAUUCACAAAAAAGUUCGGUCCGCAUACGAUUUAUAACUAUUGAACUCUUGUUAUGUUCUUAUAAAUAUAUUAUAUAGAAGAUGCUAAUUUAUUAAUUGAACUCAGUAUGUUGCUCAAAUAUUGUAUUGUCCAUAUGUAUAAUAAUGAUCAUGUUAUAUUUUGCACUGUUGUUAAGGUGAUUCAUAGGCCUAUUUAGCCGGUAGUUCUUUUAUGCAGUGUAUAUAUGUUUGUAAAUACCCUGUACGAAAACACAUGUCACUAUAAUAAACGAUUAUCUAUCAUAUGAACAAAACGUUCAACCGGCAAACGUCUCUCUUCAUACCAUGUGUAUGAUAUAUUUCACACUUUGUGAUAUGUUUAGGGAUAAUAAACAUUA